CAAUGAACGUACUCUUUAGUCUCUUGUUUGUUUGUUUGGUUGCAGUCAGCCACGCUGAGGAUCCCUACAUCGUCGGUGGAACUAAUGCUUUAGAUGGAGCUCAUCCUUAUAUGGUGUCUCUGAGACGAAAUAACGUCAGUCAUUUUUGUGGCGGAUCCAUUAUCUCGAAACGUUAUAUUCUCACCGCGGGUCACUGUCUUAUCCAAUUUACUGAUUCAAAAAGUCUCAAAAACGUAACAGUUCAUGCUGGCACGAAUCGUUUAAAUGAAUCCGGUUAUGUUUACAUUCCUGAAGAAGCCAUUGUCCAUCCUGAUUAUGAACCUGAUUUAAUAUUCAACGAUAUUGGUUUGCUCCGCCUGAAAACGGAUAUACAAUACAAUAAAUUGGUGCAACCAAUCUCUAUCGCCAAGACGAAUUCUGUUUUGGUUGGCGACGCUUGCUUCUUGACAGGAUGGGGAACACUCACGUAUUUAGGUGAACUUCCUGAUAAGCUUCAAAAACUUAAUCUAAAAGUUUACUCACAAUCAAAAUGCAAAAGUUUAUUCUUGACUGUGAGGUCCAGUCAAAUUUGCGCAUUUUCACAAAUUGGAGAAGGAGCGUGUCAUGGUGAUUCUGGUAGUCCUCUCGUCGCCAACGGUAUUCAAAUCGGCCUUUCCUCGUAUGUUCGACCAUGUGCUAGAGGAUUUCCGGAUGUGUACACUAGGGUAUUCUCUUUUGCGAAUUGGCUUGCCCAGUACAUUAGUGUUUAA